CAAAAGGUACAAUACAAGAAUUUCGAGGACCCGUCUUUCUUCAGCACGAAGGAAGUUAGUUGAUCGAGAAAGCAAGGACCCGUAUAGAGCUACGCCAUGAGUAGAUCGAAAAGGUCUCGCGAAGCCGGUAAUCCUUUGCCUCCCCUAACUAGUAAAGCUGAAGAAGAAGCAUAAAAAUGGAGUCCUUCAUCUUUGGUCUUUUUCCCAUGCUUUCUGUUGGUCAACAACCAACCACAACUCUCUAUAGUCAAAACACUAGUCCUGCAGGCUUGCUUUUAACCAUACCAGGUUCAGUCUGUAUGGAGGGAAUUUCUUUUGUCUGAAUCAAUCAUGCCUCAACUGGAUCAAUUCACUUAUUUCACACAAUUCUUCUGGUUCUGCCUUUUCCUCUUUACUUUCUAUAUUCCCAUGUGCAAUGAUAGAGAUGGAGUACUUAGGAUCAGCAUAAUUCUAAAACAACGGAACCAACAGGUUUCAAACCAGGGGAACAAAAUCCGGAGCAACGACCCCAACAGUUUGGAAGAUAUCUUGAGAAAAGGUUUUAGCACCGGUGGAUCCUAUAUGUACUCUAGUUUAUUCGAAGUAUCCCAAUGGUGUAACGCCGUCGACUUAAAGGGAAAAAGGAGGAAAAUAACUUAUAUCUCUUGUGUCGGAGAAAUAAGUGGCUCACGAGGAAUGGAAAGAAACAUAUUCUAUUUGAUCUCGAAGUCCUCAUAUGGCGCUUCUUCUUCCAAUCCUGGAUGGAGGAUCACUUGUAGGAAUGACAUAAUGCUAAUCCAUGUUCCACACGGCCAAGGAAGAAUCAAAAAAUAAGAAAGGUUAUCGAGAUUCUCAAUCGCUCUUUUAGUAGAUAGUGGGAAAUGGGGCUCCCAGGCCCCCCAUGCUGCCAGACUUGAAUGAGCCCUUGCUCCCCGAUUUGAACCAACCGCUCGAACCACCAGAGGAACCCUAUCAACCAAUCUUUCCUCUGGUUGGAAGUCUUUCCGGGGAAGACCAACGAGCAGUUGACCGCCUAAUUUCACUAGAAAAUCUCCUUGUCGUAAAGGCGACGCACAUGUUGCGUUCGCUUCAUUAUACGCCCAUCGAUUCUGAUGUUAAGUUUGUGCUAUCGGCUUUUCUAGUUGAUUAUCCAUCUAGUGAUGCCUACCAAAGCCUACUCCCACACUUUCUUCCUAUGGAACCCCCAUCCCCUAUCUUUCUACAAUUCUGAGAGGAUUGGGAAGCCUUUAUAACAACAACAUCCACAGAUUUCCUUUCAAAUAGAAUAUUUUUUUUGGGGGGGUUCCUUAAGGGAGGGGGCAGGGCUUUAGAGGAGGAGUGAGGACCCGACUAAUGGGAAUCAAGACCCCUAUCUCAUAGGGGACCCUCUUGGAAAAAUCUUUCUUUCUUGAUGAAUGAUAUGGUUUUCCAUAAAUCGAUAUGAAUGGAGGAUGCCUCUUGAACUUCUUAAUCCAAGUUCCAGUGGUGGGCAGUCGGUGCGCUCUUUCUUGAUUAACUUGGGUAAAAAUGUCCGGAUGAACUACAUAUGGUCUGAUACCUAUCUUCUUGUUGAGUUGGAGUGGUAGGUUAUGUAGGCGCUCGAAAUUGCUUCUCACUAGACAAGAUGGUACAGCAAUGAGGGUUCGACCCAUUUCUAUUUC